AUGGGCACCUUGCACCAACGGUCGCAUCCAUUGGGAUAUGGGGAUUCAGAUACCCGAAAGCCUCAGCUUCGAAAUUUCCGUAGGACUGCCAUUCAUCAAUGGAAUGGUGAUAUAUUCCUUGGGUCAUAUUGCUCGGAUUGGGCUGGUGAUAAGAUCCUGAUCCACGCUGCCGCUGGUGUUGUUGGACAGACUCAAGGGUCAAGGGUCGAGGUGUUUGUGACCCUGUCAGUGUGA